AUGAAAAUGUGGAGGAGGGUUCUUGCUGAAGCACAAGGAACUGCUUUACUUGCGUUUCUGAUCACUGCAAGUGGUGGGAAUCCUUAUGCUAUUGCUUUGGGGCUAUGGAUUGAUAUAGUAGGAAUAGGAUUUAUUGGAGGUGCACAUUUCAAUCCUAUUGUCACACUUAGUGUGAUGGCAAAGAAAAAAUAUUUCAAAGCCUUAUCGAAACAUGAAAUUAUGGAAUCCACUGCUUAUCUGGUAGUACAGUUUCCAGCGGCUAUUAUAGGUGCAAUAUCGGGCUUAGCGAUUCGCCCUUCAGAUUUUAUGAUAAAUAUCGGUGAAAAUAGCUCAAUAUUUCAAGGGCUAUUUGCAGAAGCUGUUUUUACUGGACAGAUGGUGCUGGUGAUCCUCAUUGUGGGGGAAUUAAUGGAAUCAAAGCUUGUCUCUGCUUUAGCUGUAGCAAUCACUGUUUUAGCUGGAAUUAACUGAAGUUUAACUUUUAAAGUGAUACUCUCUUCCGCAGGAAGUAAUAUCAGAACCUCCCUUUUAACUCCCAUCUGAUGACGUAGACAGCUAUCUUGUCAAGCAGUUAUUACAGAGAACCCAUCAAAAGGGCCUGAAAGCCUUCACUGGGCGCGACCUCAGCCCUAACUCGGCUUCAGCACAUGCUUCGCUUAAGGUGAUGUGCUAGCAGUAAAGCCAUAUGCCUCCUUUCUUCCUUGGGCCAGUCGAAAUACCCUAUACGGUAAUCAUAUUAGCAUUGUGCAUAAAGGCUUACCUAGAAAAACUGAACCUUAUAAUAAUAAAAUUUAAACAGUUAUAAGAAGAACUUAUUCCUUACCCAGCUAGAGAAAUAAAAAGAUGACGCUAACGGAAGAAGGACAUUGAGGGGACUCCCUAUAGAGCAGGCAGAACCUGCCCUGAUGAAGCUGAAAAGAGUGCCUCUGUUACUUUUGAAGUAUCCUUCGGGUUUUGAUCCCUUGCAAGAUAAAAGUUUGUUUCUCCCCGAAAGGUUUUCCUAUCCCUGCCAGAUGGCUAGAUAUCCUUUUGCCUCCACUUAUCUUUUUCUAGCGGGCUGAUGAGGCAUCUGCAAAAGGUGGCUCUAAACUAAGGAUCUAAUCUUUAUAUUAGGUGGGUUUACGCCAGAUAGGCUAGUGAUCUAUCCUCUCAUGCCUUUAAAAUACUUAACUUACAUAAUCAUUUUAUUAUUAUAUAGCUGGAAUUUUAACAGUAGGAAGUAUUUCUGGAGCUUGCUUUAAUCCUUUUGUAUGCUCUUCAAUCGAUAUCGUUCAGUAUAUUAGAUUCAAUGAUUCAGCAUACAUCGACAAUCUAUGAAUUUAUUAUGCUGGCCCACUUAUUGGUGGGAUAGUUGCAACAAUUGCGGGUUGUGUUUAUCUCACCGACUCAAAAUUUACUAAAAAGAGAGACGAAGAAACUAUCAACUGUGCUACUCAGGAAGGGGAAAAUUGCCAAUGCGCACUUAUAAAAAUGGUAUAA